UUCUAAACAAAGAGAAAGAGAAAUAGAAAGAGAGAACUAUUCUUUGUGAGCUGUGCUGUCCCAAGAAUCAAGGGCUCUCCAGAUUUUACUCUUACACAAACCAUAUCUCUCCUCAUUAUUUUUUCCAUUUUUCUUUUUCACAAUCUUUCUUUUCUAUAUUUUUCCCCCGCAUUUUCCGUUUUCGUCUAACAAUCCUCUCUUGUAGUGAGAGAGAAAAAAAAUCCCAAAUUUUUGGGCUCUUGAAUCGUAACUCUCAUGUGUGUUUGUUAUUUUUGUUGUUUUUUCUUCAAAGAGUUACAAUCUUUUUAGGGUUUAGAAGAAACCAUUUCGGUUUCUUGCUUCAAAAACUUAGCAUUCUAUUGAAUCUCUCCGGGUAAUAGACCUGAAGAUUCCUGGGUUUUGAUGCUUAGGGAUCAAUCAUGAUAUAUAUAAAGAUUUGUGUUUUUUUACGUAAGACCAUGUGUUAAAUCAUUGUUAUAACGUUAGUAGAUUGUGGAACAAGGACUAUUAUUAUGGGCUGCAUUUGCUCAAAAGGAGCAGCAGAAGAUGAAGAGGGUGUUGUUUAUCAUCGUGAGAAAGCAAAUGAAUAUUGGAACAAAUCUUCUUCUGUUCAAUUGAUUGCUCCUCUGCCUUCGAAUAAAGACGAUUUUUCGCAUAAAGCCGUUGAUGGAAGCUCUGGUGGUGGAAGAAGAGCGAGUGGUCUUAUUGUUCCUAUUGAUGAUAGUCAUGAUGGUAAGACGGUUAUUGUAGAGAGACCUUCAAGGUCUCAAAGAGGAAGAAGAGUUUCGGAUAAUGGCAAAGGAGGAGGAUUGAUUAUUUCGAAUGUUCCGCGUAGCGCAGAAGCAGAGCUUAUUGCAGCUGGUUGGCCUUAUUGGUUAACCUCUGUUGCUGGUGAAGCUAUUAAAGGUUGGGUUCCGCGACGUGCUGAUUCCUUUGAGAAGCUUGACAAAAUUGGGCAAGGGACUUAUAGCAUUGUGUAUAAGGCAAGGGAUCUUGAGACAGGCAAAAUCGUGGCAAUGAAGAAGGUGAGGUUUGCUAAUAUGGAUCCUGAAAGUGUAAGGUUCAUGGCUAGAGAAAUCAACAUUUUACGAAAACUCGACCAUCCAAAUGUUAUGAAGCUUCAGUGUCUUGUCACUUCAAAGCUAUCAGGUAGCUUGCACCUUGUAUUUGAGUACAUGGAGCAUGAUCUUUCAGGCUUGGCUCUUAGGCCUGGUGUCAAAUUCACUGAACCACAGAUCAAGUGUUUUAUGAAACAACUUCUUUGUGGACUUGAGCAUUGUCAUAGCCGUGGAAUCCUUCACCGUGACAUCAAGGGUUCAAAUCUUUUGGUAAACAAUGAUGGAGUUCUUAAGAUCGGAGAUUUCGGUCUGGCGAGUUUUUAUAAACCAGAUCAAGAUCAACCACUGACUAGCCGUGUAGUCACCUUGUGGUAUAGAGCUCCUGAGCUUCUACUUGGAUCUACAGAGUAUGGACCCGCCAUUGAUCUCUGGAGCGUUGGUUGCAUUCUCGCUGAACUCUUUGUAUGUAAACCAAUCAUGCCGGGAAGAACAGAGGUCGAGCAAAUGCACAAGAUCUUUAAACUGUGUGGUUCACCAUCUGAAGAGUUCUGGAAUACGACAAAGUUCCCACAGGCGACAAGUUACAAACCGCAACAUCCUUAUAAGCGUGUCCUUCUAGAGACGUUCAAGAAUCUAUCAUCUUCUUCUCUAGAUCUUCUUGACAAGCUUCUAUCUGUAGAACCAGAGAAACGAUGCUCAGCUUCUUCGACUCUACUGAGUGAGUUUUUUACAACGGAGCCUCUCCCUUGUCACAUAUCAAGUUUGCCUAAGUAUCCACCAAGCAAGGAACUCGAUGCAAAGGUUCGAGACGAAGAAGCUAAAAGGAAAAAAGCUGAAGCUGUGAAGUGGCGUGGACAUGAAUCUGUGAGAAGAGGGUUAAGAGACUCCAAGGUAACACCAGAGUUCAUUGCUUCAGGAAAUUCAAAUGUCUCACUCACUACCCCGUCGUUCAAGAAAGAAAAGCGCUUUACGGAUACCAAUUCAGUGAUCCAUCCAAGCUCUAGGAGCAAUGUAGGUGAGGUGAAGCCAAGCCGAUCCAACAACGUACCUGCUACAAUGGGAGACUACUUAGCUAGUUCUUCGCAAAAGGAGAAUAUCGUUUCAAGAGCACCCGCAACGACAUACAUGCGAAAGAAGAACAGAAUGCACUAUUCAGGUCCACUGAUGCCUCCUGGUGGUAACAUUGAAGACAUGAUGAAAGAGCACGAGAGACGAAUCCAAGAAGCUGUACGCAAGUCCCGCCUUGAGAAAUCUGCUACAAAGAAGAACAAAGAUAUCUCAGUCAAAGCAUGUGCUUAGUGAAACAUGAAACAAGAGAAACAAAAUCAACACCUGCACAUGGUCUUUGUACAUGGCCACCACCUCUGUUUCGUGCUCUGCUCUUUUCUUUUGGUUAGGGGAAUCAAACACAUGUGUAUAUCUUAGAACAACUGUUUCAAUUUAUUAGAUAGAUGUUGUUUAGUUAUAAACUGCAGAAUACAUAAUAGGAGUGUGUUUUCACAAAGCAAAUCUUUAUAAAUAGCAUAGAAGUGCAUUAUUCUCACGUACAAGCCAACGAAAGUAAGCUAUACAAAUCGGCUUAAUAGAGAAAAUAUAUAUAAGUUAUAAAAAAGCCUCAAGUUCUCUUAGAAAACUUCAGAUAUCCAGCUUAGGUUUUCGGCUAAGCUCGGAGUAUUGACCGCCCAUUAACUGUAAAAUCUCCUCCCACAAGUUUUCCGAAGAAGCUCCGCAUAUUAAAUCCGAGCUGCACGCAGCAACAUGCCAGUAAUCUGAUUCAAUCUCUUCUCUGAGCUGAUCUAGCUGCCAACCGGCGUAACCAACAAAGAAUCUAAACUCCUGUGGCUUAAGAACUCCCUUCUUUACAAGCACUGCAGCUUCAUCCAAACUAUUUCGAGUACCAAAGUUAAGCCCCGGCAUGACUUCUUCAAACCCAGGUAUCUUGGUUUUAUCACCAGUUUUCAACAAAAACAUGCUUGCUUCAAGAGGACCACCAAAGUACAAAGAACAUUCAGAAAACGUAGUAGCGAGCUCGGUUUUCGUUGAUUUCAUAUGCUUGAUGUUUUUAUGAAGUGGACGGUUGAUAACAACACCAAACGGCCCUUCUUGUGGGUGUCUAGUACCUGCUCUAA